AUGGAUCAUGUGAUCGGUGGCAAGUUUAAGCUUGGCCGGAAGAUCGGUAGUGGAUCCUUUGGUGAACUUUAUUUAGGUAUUAAUGUACAGAGUGGAGAGGAAGUGGCUGUUAAGUUGGAAUCCGUGAAAACCAAGCACCCUCAGCUUCAUUAUGAAUCAAAACUAUACAUGCUCCUUCAAGGAGGAACGGGUAUUCCUCGUCUCAAAUGGUUUGGAGUUGAGGGUGAAUACAAUGUCAUGGUUAUUGACCUUCUUGGACCAAGCCUUGAAGACUUGUUUAAUUAUUGCAAUCGGAAGUUAUCUUUGAAAACUGUGCUGAUGCUUGCAGAUCAAUUAAUAAAUAGAGUUGAAUAUAUGCACUCACGGGGUUUUCUUCACCGUGACAUCAAGCCUGACAACUUUUUGAUGGGUCUAGGGCGCAAAGCAAAUCAGGGCUUGAAAGCUGGCACAAAAAAACAGAAGUAUGACAAGAUUAGUGAAAAGAAGAUGCUUACUCCUAUAGAGGUCCUUUGCAAAAACUAUCCUUCAGAAUUUACAUCUUACUUUCAUUAUUGCCGUUCACUGCGGUUUGAAGACAAACCAGAUUAUUCAUACCUGAAGAGACUUUUCCGCGACUUGUUUAUUCGAGAAGGCUAUCAGUUUGAUCAUGUAUUUGACUGGACUAUGUUGAAGUACCCGCAGAUUGGUUCCAGUUCUAGAUCACGACCGAGUGGCAAACCAGCUGUUAACCCAGGACCAUCUGCAGAAAGAGUAGAACGGCCUUCAGUAGGCCAGGAAAUCAGAGACAGAUUCUCUGGUGCAGUUGAGGCGUUUGCUCGAAGGAAUAGCUCUGGACAUGCUUUGCACAGCGAUCAGUCCAGGCACAGGUCAUUAGAUGGUGUGCCAUCAUCGAAGGAUGUGCAUCCUGAUUCAGAAAGGACCCGAUCAUCUUCACGAAAUGGCAGCUCUUCAAAGAGGGUUGUCAUGUCAAGUAGCCGGCCAAGCUCUUCUGGUGAGCCUAGUGAGAAUCGGUCAAGCCGGCUGGUCUCGAGCAGUGGUCGCCUGUCAACAACCCAAAGGAUUCAACCUGGGUUUGAGUCAAAAUCAUCUUCUUUUACUCGUUCUUCUGCCACAAGAGGUGGUCGGGAUGAUGCACUUAGGAGCUUUGAACUCCUGUCUAUUGGCACAGGAAAGAGGAAAUAA